AGAGAACGUGAGAGAGUUGGCAAUGCGCUAUCUGUGAGAUACUUUUGGGCCAUACUAUGUUACUUCAGUUGCCGAUAAAACGUCAAACUGCUUCCACGCUGCGCUUUCACGCUCUGCGUCACGAAUACAAUAAUAAUAAUAAUAAUAAUAUUCGAACGAGUCACUCGACAAUACAAAACAUUCCACAACAAUACAUAAAUGUAAUUUUCUUCGCUUCUUUCAUGUCGCACAUAAUCAGCAACAGAGAAGUAAAUAAAUUCAACAAGGCGAAAACACUUUAAAAGACACGAGCUAAAAACUUUAGAUACCGCUAUAUUUCAAAGCCUUGUUGAAAGGGGCCAGCAAAAAAUGUGCCGCUGUUGUCAAAACUGCUUGGAAGAUCUUUACUGGAAUUGUUUUGAGGAACGUUUUUGCUACGAUGAAUCGAUUGCCAACUACAAUGCCGAUGACGAUGAGGAAUAUCUGGCGGCCCAGAAGAAUGGUACCAUCAUUGGACGGAUUCAGCCGACGGCGGCAGACAACAACAAUUUGUUGACAGUGCCACAGCCAAUUUGUGAUCAGCCCAUGGGUCGCGGAAACUGUACUCCGAUGAGUGCCAAGAUACACGAAGAGGAUUAUCGACGUGUGACACAGACAAAUGUACCGAUGCUUGGGCCAGAGAUAUUGGCCGUGUUUGCCAAUUCGCAGAUCUUCCAGGAUCAUCAGCCGACCAAAUUGAAUCGCAUCAGUACAAAGACAUAUUUGGCUGGCAUCCAUUCGCCCAACAAGGAGAUGCCAACAACGCCGCGUCUCAGCGAACAGGAGCGUCUGCUGCGGCGUCUGGAAGCUGGUCUUCAGGUCGAUGCCACGGACUCUACAAAACCGGAAGUUGGAGUUGCUGUGCCGGAGAAGAGGAUAACUUUCACCUUGGCUCCGUCGGACUCAUCGCCGGAGGGAAGUCAGACAUUGACGCCGAAGAAGUUUGAGUCGAUUGUCGAGGAGGAGAAGGAAGAAGACAAGGAUGAGGAGGUGAUAUUGCGACCACGUCUCAUCGAUCGCCAUCCCCAUCUGUUGCCCAAUGUCGGCGGAUUAUCGGCAACAUCGAAGCGCAUUCUACGCUCGGCGAAGAGUGUGCCACAUAUGCAUGUGAGAGAUGCGUCCAGUGAGACAGAUAUAUUUGCAAUUACCGGCACAGGCAGUCAGAUUAGCAUGACACCGGAGGUGCCAUCCAUAUCGUUCAGUAAUCUGCCGAAGAACUACGAGGAUACGCCGACCAUUGAGAAGUAUCGCGUCUCGCAGAGUCUCUAUUCCAUUCAGAAUGCGAAUGCGGCACGUGCCUCGCAGGAUGAUUACUCCAUGCCACGUUAUUUCCGACGCUCCAACAUGCUGAUGACCCAGAGCACUGAGAUUCUGCCGGGCUCCACAUCACUCGCCUCCAUUUCCACGUCUGCCGCCUCCACGUCAUCGUCCAAGGACGAACUGCGUCGUCCCGAGCAGGCGAAGAGUAAACGCCUCCAAAUGCUGCGUGGCAAUCUGCCUCCUCUUCUUAUACACUCCGUAUCCUUUAAGCGCAAUCGAGAUGAGAGCAAGCAGGUGGACUAGUUCACCGAAUAUCCAAUACACUUCGUAAUUCUAAACCACAUUCGUGUAUAUUUCUUAUUAUAUGUAUGAAUAUUGUAAAUGUUCAAGGGAUUGUAUCUUAAUUUACCCAUAUGUAUGUUCGUUAAUAUUUUUAUUUGUAUCUAUUCAAAACGAUAUUUGUAUUAUAUACUGUACUAUUGUAUUUACACAAUUGAUAUUUGAUAUUACCCCUAAAGUUGUAGACACUUUAAUGUUUCUACAACCUUUGACCUUAUUGGUUUUUAUACCGUUCCAAUAAACUGAUUUUAUCUGAAAUAUU